AGGCCCCUCCCCAGUUGCCUACCACCGAGGGAGGAGGGGGCGGGAAGCGCCUGUGCUUCAAUAUUAUGGGAUGCGCCCCCACUUGGAGGGCAGCUACUGAGGGGCGAACAGUGUUCACACCCUCGUCUCCAUGAGCGCAAGGUCUUGAGGCUGUUACAAGGCACUUUGGCAUUACCUUUCCCCUGCCCCUCCCUCCCCAUCCGCCAUGGAUCAAGACUAUGAAAGGCGCCUUCUCCGCCAAAUCAACAUCCAGAAUGAAAACACGAUGCCUUGUGUUGCAGACAUGAGGAGGACGCUGACGCCUUCAAACUCCCCCGUCUCCUCCCCCAGCAAACACGGCGACCGGUUUAUUCCUUCCCGAGCGGGAGCCAAUUGGAGCAUCAGUUUCCACAGGAUAAACGAAAACGAAAAGUCUCCAAGUCAAAACAGAAAAGCAAAAGAUGCGACUUCAGACAACGGCAAAGAUGGCCUGGCGUAUUCGGCCUUGCUAAAGAAUGAGCUCUUGGGAGCUGGAAUUGAGAAGGUACAAGACCCCCAGACAGAGGACAGGAGGCUGCAGCCCUCCACCCCUGAAAAAAAGAGCCUUUUCACGUAUUCCCUCACCACGAAGCGCUCCAGCCCGGACGAUGGCAACGAGGUCUCUCUGUAUUCCCUCUCCCCCGUCAGCAACAAAAGCCAGAAGUUGCUAAGGUCCCCUCGAAAGCCAACGAGGAAAAUCUCCAAGAUCCCGUUCAAAGUUCUGGAUGCUCCGGAGCUGCAGGAUGACUUCUACUUGAACCUGGUGGAUUGGUCCUCCCUCAAUGUCCUCAGCGUUGGCCUCGGGACAUGUGUCUACCUCUGGAGCGCCUGCACCAGCCAGGUAACCCGGCUGUGCGACCUGUCUGUGGAAGGCGAUUCCGUCACCUCCGUUGGGUGGUCAGAGCGGGGCAACUUGGUAGCUGUUGGGACCCACAAAGGCUUUGUACAGAUCUGGGAUGCCGCAGCUGGCAAGAAGCUGUCGAUGCUGGAGGGGCACACGGCCAGAGUAGGUGCUCUGGCGUGGAACGCAGACCAGCUCUCUUCCGGCAGUCGGGACCGGAUGAUCCUCCAGCGCGACAUCCGGACGCCUCCCAUGCAGUCUGAGCGGCGUCUCCAAGGCCACCGGCAGGAGGUGUGUGGGCUGAAGUGGUCCACUGACCACCAGCUCCUGGCGUCUGGCGGGAACGACAACAAGCUCCUCGUCUGGAACCACUCCAGCCUCAGCCCCGUCCAGCAGUACACGGAGCACCUGGCAGCCGUCAAGGCCAUCGCGUGGUCCCCCCACCAGCACGGGCUGCUGGCCUCGGGGGGCGGGACGGCCGACCGCUGCAUCCGCUUCUGGAACACGCUGACGGGGCAGCCCCUCCAGUGCAUCGACACCGGGUCGCAAGUGUGUAACCUCGCCUGGUCCAAGCACGCCAACGAGCUGGUGAGCACUCACGGAUACUCGCAGAACCAGAUCCUCGUGUGGAAGUACCCGUCCUUGACUCAGGUGGCAAAGCUGACCGGGCAUUCCUACAGAGUCCUCUACCUGGCGAUGUCACCUGACGGAGAGGCCAUCGUAACGGGAGCAGGGGAUGAAACGCUGAGGUUUUGGAACGUCUUCAGCAAAACCCGUUCCACCAAGGAGUCUGUCUCAGUCCUUAACCUCUUCACCAGGAUACGGUAAAAGCCCACUGAGGAAGAGAUUGACUUUUGGGGGUGGAGAACCACUGACCGGCUGCAUGGAACCGCCCUCCAGGCCGUCAUCUGGGGGGAAAUGGGAAUGCGCCGGGGGGAGGGGGAGGGGCGAUGUGUCAGAAACAUGUUCAGAGGGGGCCUCGGAAGAUCCUUUAUUAAAUCUGUGAGUGUGAAUGCCAUUGGAUGUUAUUUAGGCGUGGGUGGAAUGGGAAUGCUGUUGGACGAGUCUACCCUCUUCAGAGCCAGGGAGAGGAGAGUGUAUAAUAUUAUGUGUAUUGGUGUGUGUGUGUGAGAGAGAGAGAGAGAGAGUGUGUGCAUGCAAGUGUGCUGGACCAAUUAAAAAAAAAAAGACAGGAAUGAGAUUGUUUCAAUCCCUGGUGGGGAGAAGAAGAAAAGAUUGCCCGCAUGUUGGCAGGGUGUGGGUGGUUGCCUGGACUUGGCAGAGAAUAGGUGAGAUCUGAUUGGGACUUUUGCAGUCGCAGGGAGGAGGCGAGACCCUUCGGGGUUAGACAUUCCAAACGGCAGAAUUCCCUCCAUCUUUAGUUUCUGGGUUCCCUCCCUGGACUCCCAAAAGCAGGUCUUCUGGAGAGCCGCGAGGAGAUUGGGUUAGCUUGUCCCAGCCGAGACAAAGAGGAGCCUCUCAAGUAAAGCCCCUCAGCUCUUGGGGUGGGGAAAACGGAAAGGGUGUUGAAGGCAGCCGUCCCAAAAUGGCAGGACUUUUUCUCUCUCUCCCAUUUUCUGGAGCAUCUUUGUGUGGGCAGGAUGAAGCCCCUGUUUAUUCCACUUUAUACCUGCCUUGGAACUAAGUGGGCAGGAUCACAGCCAGAAAUUGGUAUUUUUUAAAAAAAACUUGUAUAGAAAAGAAGUAUUGGGAUGUUUUAAAAUACGCUUCGAAAUCACGGCUGAAAUGGAAGGGAGAUGGGAGAUCCUGGUGUUCGAGACCCUUGUACGGAGCUGCUCCUCCGGAUGCUUCUGGACUACACCUCCCAUCAUCCCUGGCUACUGGCCCUGCGGGCUGCUGGGAAUCCAGCAGCGUCUGGAGGGCACUGCGUUGUCUGUCCUUGUCCUUGAAAGCUAAAGGCUGGUGGCUUCUUUCUGUGGGUGUCGGAGAACACAAGAAUUUUUUUUUAAUUGCAAAAAUGUAACCAUGGUAUGUCAGGUAUGUGUUCUCCCUACACAAACACACAGACGGGCUCUCCUUGCAGCCUCUGGGAUUCAGGAGUCUUGGCAAUCUGUGUUUUGCCCAAACCGGAGGUGGGGAGGGAAGGAAUUGGCUGGGCAAGGAGGGAGCGCAAGGCCAAACUGGUAGCCAAACUGUACUCCAGCAUUUAGGUCUUGGAAAAGACCAACGAGGCCUUUGCAGAAAAGACAUUUCUUUGGUCCUUUGCAGAGCUGUCAUUAGAUCUGAAGUGGACUCUUUUUAAAAAAUGUUCCUUUUUAUUUUGUGGAGAUGAGAUGCUCUUUGUCUCUUGGAGCCUUUUUUUGAGUGGUGGGGAGAGAGAGAGAGACUGAAGCACUUAAAUGUUCUGCGUGUUGCUUUAAGGAUGAAUCUCCCGUGUUCAGCAGCCCCGGCGUCAUUGUUGUGUGGGCAGCGCUCAACCAGCGGUACAUUGUGGCUUGUUUUUGUUCCUUGCUGUUGUUUUGGGGGAAACGUCUGUGUGUGAGAGUACGCUUUUGCCCUGCCCUGCAUUGUGUGAGGGGAGGGAUGCUUUUCCUGGGGCUGUUAGAUUUGUUCAGGUGGCAGUGUGUGUUUGUGUUGGUCCAAUGACUGGAAUGCCCUUCACAAGCAGCAGCCAUGCCACCUGUCGAAGGCCCUGCCAGGGUCAGCCCUCCAGAGGGCGGGGGACUCCUUGCUCCCAGCAGCACCGGUGGUCAGAGAUGAUGGGAACUGUGGUCCAGCAACAUCUGGAGGGGCACAGAUGUUCCCCAUUCCUGACCUAAGAAGUAGAUCAGGCAAGAUAUUUAUGAGAGAGGAAUGCCUAUUGUUAGACCAUUGAUGGGGAAAGGUGCAUCCCUCCGGAUGCUAAUGGAGUCCAGUUCUCAGCAGCUGCAGCCAGCAUUGCCAGCGGCCAGGGAUGGGGUUGUAGUCCAGCAGCGCUGAGAGGACAUUCCCUGCUUCCUGCAGGAGGUUGAGGAAUGCCUGUAUUUGGAAGAGGCAUUCCCUCCUGAGAGCAGGGAAUGCCUCUUCUUAGAUCAGGGAGGGGAGAAACCUGCCGCCCCUCCAGAUGCUCCAGCAGCCAAUGUUGGCCAGCCGUUAGGGAUGGAGUUGGGGAGGCCAGGAACAUCUGGAGGGCACCGCCUUGGCUGCAAGCUCUUAAAAGAAGCCCGCCCGAGCUUUUCUCCGCCCUCCCGCCCUUACAUCUCGUGGAGAGGGAGCAUGAACAAUCCAGCACUUGGAACGUCAGGAGCCAUAGAGGGCCUGCACUCCAGGCCAGCAUCCUCACAACGUUCCUUCUCUCUCAUUCAUUCUCUGUGAAGCAGUGGCGUGGAAGGGGUGUGUAUGUCACAAAGAGGCGUUUGGCUGCCUCCUAAUAAAUACCCCUCUGUGCUUGUGUGUGUGAGUGUGUGUAUAUGUACGUGUGUGUGUUUCUCAGUUUGGAUGGCAAGAAGUGAGUAUAAUGCAGCGUGUUGACUAGCUACAAACGAGCGAGGGGGUGGUGGGCAGGCAGGGGAAACCUUGCAACCUUUGUAUUUCCAUACGUGUUAACUUUCUGGCCAGGAGUUCAUGAAAAUUCUUUGAGUAAUAUUUGGGCUGGGCAUUCCUUUUUCUUUUUGUGUGCAUGUCUGGAGGAUGUCGGCGUUUCUUAUAUACGUGGUGUGUUCGUAAGAGCCAGGAGCAGAGGAGAUAAUGCGGAAGAAGAAACCCUUGUAACGAUACAUUAAUAAGAAAAGUGUUAAAAUGUUUCUGGCAUUAAAAGGACGUGUGGAUUUCAAAACUGA